AUCGACAUGUCUAAGAAGAACGGACUUAUAACUUCUUCAUUCAAGGUUGUGAAGAAAGCAAGAAAUGUAGCAAAGCGGAAUGAGAGGCCUGCUUCUCCACCACAGGAUACUGAAAAUUCUUCACGUCAUGAAGAGGAACAAAAACUGAGACAGUUUGACCUGGACUGGAGAUUUGGCCCCAGUACAGGUAUCAGCAGGCUCCAGAGAUGGGACAGGGCAAAGCUUCAUGGUUUGAAUCCCCCGGAGGACAUCCGAGACUUGCUGCUUCUAAAACAAACUGAUAAAGACUACAAUCUGAGUUUAUGGAGUGAAUAUCCUCUGUGA